AUUAACGGCAGGCUGUAGUGUAGGCUCUUGUCAGCUUCUAUGGUCGUGAAUGUCUGGUUCCUACAUGAUGUGGUAUGCUUACUUCGACGUGUGCGACGAUACCAGCAUUUCUGUGUUUCCUGUAUUGUAGACAUUCCAUCGUUGAACAGAUAAUUUGACUUUAGGUUUUUGACCUUCUAUAGCUUUCAUUCCCCUAGUGUUCCUGGAUACUCAUCUUCAUGCAAAUGUCAUCACGAGCAGAUCGGGGUCGCAUACCCGCAUUGGGCGGUACCAAUCCCGACUACUACCAGGAGACAGCCAGUAUCUAUGGAGAUGGUGGCUCAGGAGAUCCGAACCAUCGCCGACGGCGACGGCGUCGACGAGAUGAACACUCCCACUCGUCGCACCACAAUCAUCUCCAUCAUCACCCUUCUACACCUCCAGUAGCACCACAACCCAUACAAGUACCUCAGCCAGGCCCAGCAUACAAUCCCGCUCCUCCACCGGCUUACACUUACCUCAACCCUCAUCAACCAACAACACAGCCGUCCCAACACCAACAAAAUGGAAGUGGCAGAUACUCACCCCCUCCACCACCAAAGCCUCCACGGCCGGUGAUGAUCUCACAUCAAUCCGGACCAGGUUCAGGAGCCGUCAUUCCCACAGAAACAGGAAGCUCUUCACAGUCAAAUAACCAUAACAACAACAACAAAGACAAGCGAACACUAAGUGAACGAUUAUACCAACUAAGCGUCAAAGCCGGCACGCCCAUCAACAAAAUAACCAACGCGCUCGGUUCCGAAGCCUUCUGGCCUUCGAACAUGGAUCAGGAAUGUGACAAGGCUGCCAGGAUUAUUCAAUCUUUUUGCACUAAUCAAGGAGCUUCCUCCCGCAACAAAACCCUAAUCCAAAUCCCCCCUCGCGUCCUAGCCACCUGCUCCGGCCUAGCCAUCUGCUCCGGCCUAGCCAUCUUCACCGUCUUCCGCACCGGCUUACACCUCUCCGGCUCUUCCGGGUCCGGUAUCGUCAUCUCUCGCUUACCUACGCCCGGCUCCCAGUCCUCCUCCAAAAGCUCCAUGUCAUGGUCCCCGCCCUCAGGCUUCCUAAUCCACUCCCUCGGCGCCGGCUUCCUCGCCGGCAUCGACAUCUACGACUGCAUCUGCGUCUUGCGCACCCCCUCCGCCGUGCGCGCUUUCGCUGAGCGCCCCCGUGUGAGUCUGGGCGGGGAUGUAGGGAUUGUUGCUGGGCCGGUAGGGGCUGGGGCGGGGGUGGAGGGUGUUCUUGGUGGUUCUUCUGGUCGCUCUUCUUCUUUUUCGGACAAAGAGAAAGAGAAAGAAAAGGAUGGUGGUAAUAGUAAACCGUUGGUGUACAGUUAUAUCAGGAGUAGAGGGCUUUAUGCGGGAGUGUCGAUGGAUGGGACGGUGGUGGUGCCGAGGGGGGAUGCGAAUGCGGAGUUUUAUGGGAGGAGGGGGAUUACGGUGGAUGAGAUUCUGAGAGGAAAUGUGCCUUGGCCGUCGCAGGACCUGGGGAUGAGCAACAGUAAAAAAGAUGGUAAGAGGGUUUGGCCGGAGGGGGCGAGGGGGUUGAUGGAGGCUUUGAGGAUGGCGGACCAGCAGGGGAGGAGGAGAGAACGUGAUGGGGAUCAUGGGGGUUCGAGCAGGGAAGUGGAUGAUGAUUGGACGUAUGAGGAUAGAGAGAGGGAUAGGCGCAGAAGAAUAGAUGAGACGCCGCCUGUUGAGUAUGGGAGGGAUGGCAGGCGUAAAAGGUGAAGCGUUAAGCUCAAAUGAGUAAGACGAGAGGCGGUGGUAGGCUUCACGUUUUGUAUAGAUACAACUGACAUGAAGCUGGACUUCAUAAUGAAUGCAUCAACAAACCAACAACUUGAGGAGUGGAAAACAUACCCUAAGAGGAGCCAACCUUUAACUUCAUUCUUUC